AGAGGAGAGGUGUAUAUAUAUAUAAACAAACAGCUUUCAUCUCUGGCUCGUGUUGUUUUGUGUAAUCACGACGAAAGGCGAGAGCCGAGGGAGAGAGAGCCAUCACUCAAAUCUCAGAAACACUCAAGGAGGGGUUAGAUAGAUAGAGAGAUAGAGAGAGAUUUUGGUGUGCGAGGGAUACAGAUAGGAAUCGAAUCGAAUCGAGAAGUUAGGGUUUGGGGGAAUUAGGGUUUCGUUUGCUCCGAAUUUGGGGAAAAUCGAAUUCUAGAAAGAGAAGUUGGAGGAGCACGAUAGGAACCGGUCUUUUGAGUCAGGGUUAUUGCAGAUGGCUGAUAGAAGCGUCGGUAAGCGUUCAACGAAUCAGAGGGGUUUUCCGGAAAUGGACUCUGGGACAUGCAAUGUUUGUUCCGCUCCUUGUUCAUCAUGCAAGCAUCGUAACGUGGGUUUCACUGGAUCAAAAUCUGACGAGUCAUCAGAUGAAAACGGCCACGGAGUUGCUGGAAGCCAGUGUUCUGUAAAUGAGGACCGUCUUUUGCCUUCAAAUAACACUGCUAGUGAAGCAAGCAACCUUGUUAAUUCCAGUCGCGAUGCUCUCUCUGAGAAUGCUGAGAGUAGGGAAACAAUCAGACGUUCUGGGAUGUCGAAUGAUCCCGGAGCUGUUGCAAUGACUUCGAAGACAUCUUUAUCUGGGAGCAGGAUGAAACAUAAAGGGUCUGCAUCAGCUAAUGUGUUAGAUCAGAGCUCUACCCGUUUAGAGGGCCAGGAAGAUGGGAUACUGUCAGAAUCCGAAAAACUAGGACCGGACAAAGAGGAAACUUCAGUUGAAGGAUCCUCACAAUCUGGCCAGAACGGGAAGGAUGUGAAGUCAACUAAAAGGGUUGCCUUCAAUAAAUCAGAUGAGUCAGUCUCAUCAGCUAUGUCUGAGAGCGAGAGCGAUUCUGAAAUGGUCUUACAUGAUGUAAAAGUUUGUGAUAUCUGUGGAGAUGCGGGUCGUGAAGAUCUACUUGCUAUCUGCACCGGAUGCAGUGAUGGUGCAGAACACAUCUAUUGCAUGCGGGAAAGGCUCAAUGCAGUUCCUGAGGGUGAUUGGCUCUGUGAAGAAUGUCAGUUUGGCGAGGAAGCUGGAAAACAGAAGCAAGAAGCUAAGAGAAAAAGAGAAACUGAAGCAAUCCUCAGUCCACAUAGCUCAGGCAAAAGGCACGCAGAUAAGAUCGAGGCAGCUCCAGAUGCUAAAAGACAGGCGGUUGAAGAUUCAACUGGGUCACCCAAGAAAUCUGUUCUCCCCAGAAUAGGUGCUUUAUCUCGCGAAACAUCACUCAAGGGCUUAGACAGUCCAAGGGGAAAGCUAAGUCAUCAAUCAUCUUUCACUGAUAAGACAGAAGGUGCACGCUCUACUAGUUCACAGCUUCAACCUCCAAAAGGUGCAUUUUUGAAAUCCAGUUCCUUCAAUAGUUCGAGCUCGAAACCAAAAGUGCAACUUAUAGAUGUCCCAAGAAAGAAGAUUGGGAAAGAUACUUCUCUUGGUAUAAAGGAGGGUGUUUUUGGAAAUGUAAGCAAAUCAAUGUCAAGUAGGACUACAGACACUGGGAGUUCUAGUGGAAACGACUCGCAAGCAAAAAUGAUUGCGUCAAAAGUGUAUCAUUCACAAGAAGGCAAAAGCCCAAAGCAACUGAAGGAUGGUAGCACAGAAGCUAAUGCGCCAGCAGCCUCCACCGAACAGAAGCUUACUUCACGCAGCAGUUUGGGUUCUUCAUAUGCAAACAGUACCCGUGAUUUGAAGGGUUUGCGGUCUGAUGGUAAACGAGGUAGCUUGACGAAGCAAGUUAGCAAUCUAAACCGGAACCGUCUAGAAAAUCCUGUUACUUCUGGAGGUGAUAUUUCCAUAAAUGAGAAGUGCAAUGCCCGCGAGCAAAGUUCAAGUCAAGCUGACUGUAAGGAUGAACUGCCAUCCACUUUCUGCGCGGGUGAGGGUGUGCCAAGCAACGGUAAUGCACCUUCGCAGGAUAGAUUACCGCGGUCCAGGGAAUUUAGAGAGACAGGGAAGAAAAGCAAAGAAGGGUUUGGUAAGCGCCAAAGGUCGAGCCUGUUAUCUGAUGCAAAAGGCUUACCAUCAUCUCAAAAAGGAGGCCAGACUGCAGAAUCUAAUGACACCUCAAGCGUUUCUGAUAGUGAUCCCGCCACCACUAAAAUUGUUAGGGAGGAUAUAAAUAAGGGUAAUAGGUUGCGAGCAGCAGUAGAUGCUGCUCUUCGUAAAAAGCCCAGCUUUGGCAAGAAUAGAGUAUUGGAGCAAUGUGAUACGUCCGUGGCAUCUAAUGUGCAUCCUAGUUCUGAUAAGACUUUACGAAAUCAGUUACCUCAAAAGAUGCAUACGAAUUUAUGGCCUGCUCCUGACCCGUACAAACAGACAAUGGUAACAGAUGAAAAACAGCUUAUACCCUCUGGUGUUGAUGCGAUGAUGCCUCCACGAUCUGUGGAACUUGAUAUGAAGCCUGAAGUUAAUAUUCCCUCUUUGAAGUCUGUCAUGAGAGAUUGGCCAUUAGUAUCCCCACCUGCUCUGUUGAGAAGCUCAGCCAUUCCUGACCAUGAGUCUAUAUGGCAAGGAAACUUGGAGGUGUGGAAAGCUAGAAAUCAGUCAGCUAUGCAUAGCGGAAUGCAAGCACAUCUAUCAACCUUAGCAUCACCCAAGGUUUCUGAAGUGGUGAAUAAAUUUCCAGAAAAGUUUAGCUUGAAUGAAGUACCUCGGCUAAGUACAUGGCCUGCACAAUUUCAAGACAAAGGUACUAAGGAAGACCAUAUAGCUGUGUUCUUCUUUGCAAAGGAUGUUGAGAGUUAUGAGAGAAACUAUAAGCCCCUCGUAGAUAACAUGAUCAAGAAAGAUUUAGCCCUGAAAGGAAACCUCGAUAAUGUUGAGCUUUUGAUUUUUGCAUCCAACCAGCUUCCUCCGAAUUGCCAGCGUUGGAACAUGUUAUAUUUCCUUUGGGGUGUAUUCCGAGGGAGAAAAGAGAUUUGUACAAACCCACAAAAGAACACAUCUUUGCUUGCUUCAGAUGUUUUGCCCCGUGAUCAAGACCCCAAUGACUUGUGCCAGACGAGUUCUCCUUCCAAGAGUUUGGAGAAAGCGACUUCUCUACGUGAGAGCCCACACAAGAUACAUGAAACUCAAAAUAGGACAGAUGUGUUUAGCCAUGAGAAUCCAAGUGACAGAGAAUCCUCUGUUGCGCGAUCAUGGAUCACAAAGGAGGAAACUGCUCGUAAAGAGGACGCCCCAGGUGCGAAUCAUGUUCCUUGUCAAGCUAAUGGAUCAAACUCUGGAGAUAGUCUAGUGAAGAAGGUUGAAGAGCAAGACUUAGGUGGUAGAAAGGAUGUGCCUUUGACUGUCACGGGCUCAGAGAUUCCGCCUCCUUGCCAAGUCAAUCCUCUAGAGAAAGAUCUUCACAGUAGUCCGGCUAGUCACAGGAAGCGUCAAGUUUGGGAACUGACAAAACCCGCCACCGUGAACCAGAAAAUGGAGCUCGGUAAUGAAGUCUCAUGCGAAGGAUCUCCGCAUAAGAAGCUGAAGACAGAAAACGAAAGCAGCAGCAGCAGCAUAUCACGGGAUACAAUUGGUAAUGAUACCGGGAUGAUGAAGAAGAGUCCCAAAGUCGUGUUCCCUUUGGACUUAAAUGUGGAAGGAGAGGACAUGGAACUAGACGAUGAUCUCAUCCCACUUGGCAAUAACAAUGACGACGACAACAGCAGACGCACAGUGCCAAAUCUCGAGCUGCCAUUUAGAGGUGAACAAAGAACUGGACUAUUGCCAUUCUUAGCGGGAAAACCCAGCGCUAGCGAACAAAGUAGUCACAGCAUGAAUAAAGAAAAAGAGAAAGAAGAUGAUGACUCUGCUUCCCUGUCGUUAUCACUCUCGUUUCCGGGAGAGGAGAAGAAGAAUGUGAAUACUCCGUUUUUUCUGUUCAGAGACCUUCCCAGAUAACAAGGUUAUAUUGUUUAAGUUUAUUUUAUUAUGAGUGUCCUUAGUUGUUGAAGAAGACUACAACGAGAUAAAAUCACAGGUUUGUAUAUGAAAAUGGUGAUGGGAAAGAAAGAUACCGAAUGUUUAUUUUUAGUUACUGGUUUUUUAUUUAUAGAAUAACAAAAGACUUCUGAAACC